AACUCAACAAGUGCAGCUGUUCCCAGCAGGGCAUCUCCAUGAUGAGAGGAGGUGGCGGGGGAGGAAUGGCUGCUGAAUUCCUGUAGGUCACAUCACAUCACUUGACAAGGCACCAGAACUCUGUGUGGACUCUGGAUUGUGCUGGCGAAGGGAACUGUAGCAGGUAUUGAGCUGAAGAAGGGGGUGGACUAAAUGGGGUCUAGAGUUGAAAAAUAAAAUGUUCCUGGGCUGCAUUUCUCCUGGCUUGUGCUAAGGCACAAUCAUAACAGACAGCCUCCUGAGCGUGUGCAAAGUGGAUUUUCCUCACCAGUGAAUAACUACAGCCAGCCUUCCCCCAUACCUGGGGGAGAGUAAACAUCUUUAAAGUAAGAAGGUAACCACCGAGAAAAAGGCAGGGGUAUUGCCGAUGACUUGGUUGCAUCUUGAUCCCGCCGUUCCUUCAAGAGGCGCAAGGAAGAGAAAUGCUUCGCCUUCUUUAUCAUCACAACGAACCUGUGAGGUUGUUUUUAAUUUAAAUGGUGGGAAGGCAUCUCAGUUCACAGAAAAGGCAUCCGUUUCAGUAGGUGCCAUGGGGGAUCUAGGCCUGGGCCGGGAAUUCCACACCUGGCACCAGUUCAGCAUGUUUUUCGACGACUGGUGCGAAAAGCACAAAGUGCUGUUCAUCAUUGCCAGCCUGAAGCCACUGAUCUCGCUGCGCCAGAACCCGCCGUACUAUCAGCCCAGCCUAGCUGAGAGACUCCGCUUCCGUUUUGUGCGUCUCAUCUGCAAGCACAGCGGGACCUACGUGGGGCAAAGCACGGUGCAACGCAACCGCCUCAGUGAAAAGAUCGACUGCCCAGCCUCCAUCACGCUGCGCCUCGGCCCCAAGAAGGACCGCCUGGUGGUGAUUGACGCCAACCUGGAGCACAACCACCGCUUGUCGGAGCUCGAGUUCGCCCACCAUUUCAAACGGCACCAGCUGAGGGCCAGCCUGGGGCUGCCCAUCCGCAUCACCAACAGCAUUUCCAAGCGCUUCCUGGCCCCAGACCUCAUCUGGAACCUGGAGGACUAUAGCAAAGCCAAAGACAAGGGCAUGUGUGAUCUCCUGGCCAUCCUGGACGGGCUCUUCAAGGCCGACGUCGGCGCCAAAGUCAAGCUGGUGUUCCAGGAGGACGUGGCCGUCCUCAAUAGCAUCUUCCUGGCCACCUCGCACAUGCGCGAGCUGGUGCGCCGCUUCCCCGCCCGCCUCUUCCUCGAGCGCGCCGCCUGCCUGGACGCGGACUUCGAGCUCUUUACCGUGCUGUGCCAAGAUGCCAACGGGCGUGGGCGGGAGGUGGCCUAUUGCUUGGCUCGCCAGGGGCUGCCCGACCUCCUCAUCUUCAUUGUGGCUUCGCUGGUGCAGAGCGCCCCGGACAUCAAGCUGCGGGUGAAGGUGGUCACGGUCGGGGCCGGCGUGACGGGGCUAGACGCGGUGGAGGAGGUGCUGCCCUGCGCCCGGGUGCAGAUCUGCCGGCUGCAGGUCUUGGAGGCGCUCUACCGCAGGGCCUGCGAACUAGACGUGCCGAAGGAGGACCAGAUCCGCAACCUGCUGCUCAACCUGGCUAAUGCCGACUCGCCACGGGUCUACAGCCAGUACCUGAGCGACCUGGAGGACGUGGCCCCGCUCUCCUUCCUGCAGUACUUCCUGGAGCGGUGGCACCCCCAGAAAGGCAUGUGGGCGGAGUGCUGGGCCUUUGAGAAGAACCGGGAGUGUUCUUUCCUGGACCAUCUCAGCGCUCACCGACGGAAGCUGUUGACAGCGCUCAGCCCCCCAAUGGCGUUGGCGGCCUGUGUCCAGGGCCUGCUGGAUCUCCAGGCCCUGCACGUGGAGACGGCGACACUCAAUGUGGCCCCCGUGGCCGAGCUGUACCACGCCGCCUGCCUGCCCGACAGCGCCGACCUGGUAGCAGAGGAGCUGGACUUGGUGCCCCACUCACACUACGAGCUCAAGGAGGCGCCUGACGGCUACCUGCUGGAGGGGAGCACCUGCUCUUUUCUGGUGAGCCAGGACCUGGCUACGUGCAGCUGCUCCAUCUACAUGGCUCACCGGCUGCCAUGCCGACACGUCUUCGCCGUACGCCUCUGGGUCGGAGAGCCUCUUUUUGACCCCAACCUGCUGCCCGGCUCGCCCGGGAGGCAUCAGGACAUCACAAGAGAGGAGGAAUGCUAGCUGUCGUACCCAUUGCCAGCCCAAGAACAUGCCAGACGUAUUGGAUGGCAGUACGCGAGGCCUGGUGACUUCCUCCAUAAUGGCCACUCUGGCAGAAGGAAGGUGCUGGUCUUACUGUACUGUCACUCAUCUUCAGGUGGAAGCAAUCCAUUCCGGAGUACUAGACAGACUGACACUGCCCGCCCAUGCGCCCAAGGAUUGGUGGAUGCUAAGAAACAUGACGUGGGCACUGUCAUGAGCCAGGACUGGGGUACCGUGAAGCCCUGCAGCUAUUCCAGAGAAAGGGGGAAAGAAGCAAGGGCAGUUUCUAGGCCCCACUGACUCACUCAGAAACCCCCAGAUAAAUGCAGGCAGCUGCUGCGGGAUUUUAGACUUGGAUGCUCAUUUAUUUUGCAAAUCCAAGCACGAAAUUCUGCAACUAGAAAAGCCAAAUUCUGACGGUCUCAGCUGCCUUUUUAAAAAGUCCAAAUUCUAUACCAAGGUAACUCAAAUUUUCUUGUGAAGCUCAAUUCUAUACACAUUAUGCGACAUGCAACUCGAUCCUAUGCAGAGUUAGGUGUGCUGAAAUCAAUGGACUUAAGUGAGCCAAAGUCUGCCUAGAAUCAAGCUGUUAAGCAUAUUGGCUUAUUCUGUGUUAUCUCCUUUGCUUCUACUAGUUAUAUGAAGGUGUAGAGAGCUGAGCAAGGCACAGGAGGCCUAUCCUUCUCUUGCCACUGGGAAUCCUGCUCAGCUCCGCCCUCUCUUCUUGGUUUCUGAGAUUUCCCCAAGGAAAUGCCCACAGCGUUACAGAUACUGGAUUCUGUGCCCCGUAUCAGUUUCGGUAGUUGUCCAGCACACUCACAGCUCUAGGAAGCAGCUCUGGGUCUGAACACACGAAACUUAAACCAUGCCGUUUGAUGAUCUGAUCUAAUCAACCCACUGAUAUGAAUCUUAUUCAGGGAUACUGUUCUGGGGGCUAAUGAACACGUGAGUGGGGGGAGAGUGAGGACAAGCACACGGUCAGGGGUGGGCAACCUUCCUUCUGCUGUAGGCCGCAUGUCAGCAGUGAACAGGGCUCAAGCUAAAGGUGGUCAGAGCCAGAGCCCAAAAUGGAUGAGUCCCCCUUUUCUCUCUCUCUCUGUGGCUUCAUUCAGACAACACAUUUCUCAAUUAUGGUUUUAGAACGCCACGGUGGAGUUUUUACACCGCAAUUGAAAAAUGUGUUGUCUGGAGGGAAAACUCCAUCCCAUGGUGGAGUUUUUUUGGAAAACACUCCACGCUGAAUAUCCACGCUGCGCAGAGGUGAGUUACUGCACAACCGUUGUGUUGCAUGUUGUGUGGAGGGCUCCAUGGAGUUUCCCAUUGCGUUGAGUGGACUUUUCCCACUGGCUACAGAGUUCCCCCUAGGAGCGAGUGCCGCUCUAGGAGAGCCGCUGGGAUUGUUUUUUUGCAGCAAUGGCUGAUGGGAUACCAUCAAGAGGACUGGGGGAGGAGAGAGGGUGGAGGAACUGUCAAUCAAACAUCGCGUUGCCUUUUACUCAACUCCAUGGGGGUCCCCAUCACACAACGGUGGAGUUAGAACAUGUGUGGGGAGCACCCCCUACAAACUCAACAGUUGAGCGGAGUUUUCACACUGCAUAGAGAAACGUGUUGUCGGAACUGAGCCUCCAUCUUGCUUCCCAUGCAGCAGGCUGCGAGGGAAGGGACAAAUCGCCCUUGACAAGAGGUCUAACCAAUCAUAUGCGGGGGGGCUUUUGAAAUUAGGCUGAGGGCUGAAGGUUGCCCGCUUCACCCUCCAUCACUGUCCUUGUUGCCCUCCUUGUGUCAAAGAAUAACUUAUGCAGCAGGGAGCCUUUUCCUUCAGCGCAGGCUUCCCAUGCAAUUUUAGAUAGAAAAGGUUUCCCACUGCAGAAAUUUGCCCUCAACACAUGGAAGGCAAUGAAGCUGGCGAUGGAGGAGGGCAAAGCUGGCGUACUCAUCCUCCCUCUCACCCAUUAAACCCCAAAGCAGAAGGCCUGAAUGGGACCAUUUGCAUGCCAUCUGUGGCUAGGGUUAGGGUUUUGAACCAUUUUGUGUUCCUUUUCCCCCCCUUCAAAUCCAGAGCUCGGUACUGAAAUGUCCAAAUAAAAAUA